AUAGCGCACCCCCCCCUCCUAGGAUUCCAAGACGCAAUAUCACCUAUUAUAGAAGAACUCCUCCACUUUCAUGACCAUACCUUAAUAAUUGUAUUUUUAAUUAGUACCCUAGUACUCUACAUCAUCACACUAAUAAUAACAACAAAACUAACAUAUACCAACACUAUAAAUGCCCAAGAAGUAGAAAUAAUUUGAACCAUUUUACCGGCCAUUGUCCUAAUUACUAUUGCACUCCCAUCCCUACGAGUCCUCUACCUAAUAGAUGAAAUUAAUAACCCAUAUUUAACCAUUAAAGCCAUAGGACAUCAAUGAUAUUGAACAUAUGAAUAUACUGACUAUGAAAACCUUGAAUUUGACUCCUACAUAAUUCCAACUCAAGAUCUGCCAAACGGACACUUCCGAUUAUUAGAAGUAGAUCACCGUAUAGUGAUACCAAUAGAAUUACCCAUUCGGAUACUAAUCUCAGCUGAAGAUGUCUUACACUCAUGAGCAGUGCCAUCAUUAGGUGUAAAAACAGAUGCGGUCCCUGGACGAUUAAACCAAACAACUUUCAUCGUUUCACGACCUGGAGUAUUUUACGGACAAUGCUCAGAAAUCUGCGGAGCUAACCACAGCUUUAUGCCAAUCGUAAUUGAGUCCGUACCAUUACAACACUUCGAAAAAUGAUCUUCCAUAAUAUUUUCCUAA